AUGUCUGACGACGAGCAAGAUGGCGCAGCCUACGGCCACACUCACCGCGCCUUCCUUCAGGCCCUGUUCGCCCGCCAAACCAUCACAUUCGAAGAGGCCAAACCGCUAAUAUCCUCCAUCCGAACCGCAAUCAACCCCGACAGACCUCACCUGCCCGAAGACGUCACAGAAGAAGAAUUCGAAGACUACAUCCAACGCAUCAACGACGCGCUCAAUCCCUUCGACUUCGAGAUCCGCAACUCGCUACACCAAAUUUCCCGCGAAAGAAUCUACGCCUUGGUCAACACGACUAGCGAUUCCCUCACCCAACUGGCCACGACGCAUUCGCCUGACGAUAUAGCAUAUGUCAAGCGCAUUCUCGACACCAUGUUCGACACAUACAAUACGCCGCGGCAAGAGAUUAUGGCGAUCACAUCGUUUCAGGCUGGAAAAUUGGCGAAAGCUCCUGGAGGAGAUGUGGAUAGAAGAGAUUCAGGACGACAUGAAGAGACGCAACAGACACAGUCGAAGAAUGCUAGUUUGACACAAUCGCAAGCGGAAAAAGCCAUCGAGUCUAUGGUUCAAGAAGGCUGGUUUGAGAAGACUGUCAUUGAAUCGCGAAGUGGGCGUGAAACGGUUUGGUAUACGGCUUCACAACGCGCGCUUAUGGAAUUACAGCAGUGGCUUGUCGAUGCGUAUAAUGGGGAUAUGGAAGGAGAGGAUGAUGAGGAGGAACCACAUCAGAAGAUCAAGUUCUGUAAGGCUUGCGCGGGGAUUGUGACGGUGGGACAGAGAUGCCCGAAUUUGCCGUGUAAUAUCCGAUUGCAUGAGGCGUGUGUGGGGAAGAUGUUUAGGGCGCAGAGGGAUAGUGAAACUUGUCCGGCUUGUAAGACGGAGUGGAGGGAUGCGCCGAAGGUGGGGAUUGAGGCUGCGAAGGAGCAAGGUGGUGGUGGUUCUGGAGGUGGGAGGAGAUCGACGAAUGGCGUGGGGUCUGCUAGUGAGAGGAGGAGUAAUGGUACUCAGGUUGUUGACGUUGACGAUGAGGAAAGCAGUGAUGGUGGAAUGGACACUGAGAUGGCGUGA